GGUAAUGGUAUAACACGUGAAGAAUAUGCAAACGGUUAUACACUGUUUGUGUUCGACCUCACUCCUGAUUUAUGCCUUGGUGAUCAUGUACAACCGAUUAAGAACGGAAAUGUGUCAAUUGAAUGUCGAUUUGGAACACCGUUGGAGACAGCUAUAAAUAUCGUGGUACUUGGUGAAUUUCAAAGUCUUAUCGAAAUUGAUGCAAACCGGAACGUGCUGUGUGAUUUCAACAACUGA